AUGGCGGAAAGCUCCAACUCUUUCCCGGGGACCAACCCCUUCAUCAACACCAAACUCGAGAAAUCCCCUAGCAUCCAGAAAAUCUCCGAGGAUGAGGAAUUCGAGGUGACGUCACCAACAGACAUGACAUUUCGACAGGCCAACGCUGGCUCGGGGAAUGCCAACUUCGGAGGAAGCGCUUUCAGCGAAGGAUCACAAGGUGGAGGCCCCGGAGCCUCAUUUUUUGGCCAGAGUCCUUUCGGCACGGGAGCUGCAUCGGGCGAGGGCGAGUCGGAGGAAGGCGGCCUGGGCGCGCUCCCCACGGGAUCCGCACGGCAAGGCUUCCCUAACAACUAUGCGUUGGGUCGUCGUACCUCGGUGUCGGCGGAGUCGUUGAACCCCACGUCUGCCGGCGAUGAAAGCUGGGCGCCCCCGCACCACCCCAAGACUGACGAACAGUUGGCUCGCCUCAAGACCGCGGUCAGUGGGAACUUCCUCUUCUCUCAUCUCGAUGAUGAUCAGUUCAAGACCGUACUCGAUGCCCUGGUCGAGAAGCCCAUUCCCGCCAAGGAUAUCAAGGUGAUCUCGCAGGGCGACGCCGGCGACUACUUCUACAUUGUGGAAAACGGUUCUUUUGAUAUUUACAUCCACCCUUCUGGUUCCGUGCAGCCAGGUCCCGAUGGCCUGGGCAACAAGGUCAGCUCCACUGGGCCUGGAGGCUCGUUCGGCGAGUUGGCCCUGAUGUAUAAUGCCCCACGUGCUGCCACCGUUGUUUCCACCGAGAAGAGCACCCUAUGGGGUUUGGAUCGCAUCACCUUCCGGCGGAUUUUGAUGGACUCGGCGUUCCAGCGGCGCCGCAUGUAUGAAGCCUUCCUGGAAGAAGUCCCGCUUCUCUCCUCCCUCAAGCCCUAUGAGCGCGCCAAGAUCGCCGAUGCACUGGAUACCAUCAAGUUCCCUGUGGGAGCUACCAUUAUCGAGGAGGGCGAUCCGGGUGAUGCAUUCUAUUUGUUGGAGUCUGGAGAGGCGGAGGCGCUUAAGGGCGGAGCGUCUGUCAAGGAAUACCACCGGGGCGAUUACUUUGGUGAAUUGGCUUUAUUGGACGACAAGCCACGCGCUGCGAGCAUUGUCACCAAAACCGAAGUCAAAGUGGCACGCCUGGGACGAGAUGGUUUCAAGAGACUCCUCGGACCCGUGGAGGAGAUUAUGAGACGGACCGAAUAUCAGUUGGAUGCGUCCAAGUCCCCUGUUUCUGCUUCAUGA